UCGCGCCCCGAUACAUUGCCGACCGUACCUCUAUUCCCUAAAAGAAAGAUAGUUGGCCUUGGAAAGGUGGAUCCGGUGUCCCAUGGGAAUUUGCAACGCCCCUGCAAUGUUCCAGCGGGCCAUGAAUAUGGCCUUCGCCGAGUUCGUUAGCAAAACCCGUUUGACACAGCCGUUGAUAAAUUUCUGUGUGAUUGUGUACAUGGAUGACAUUUUGGUAUUUUCCAAAACCUACGAAUACCAUGUGGAACAUAUCGAAUGGGUGUUGCAUGCGUUGAAAGAUGCGGGGUUCAAAGUGGCUCUGGAGAAAAGCGAGUUUUUUCUGUCAGAAAUUUCCUUUUUGGGGUACGUCGUUACAGUCGAGGGACUGAAACCUGAUCCCAGGAAGGUAGCCGCGGUCCGAGAAGCCCCGGCCCCGGUCACGCUCACUCAGGUUCGAGCCUUCCUAGGGCUGGCUUCUUAUUAUCGACGCUUCAUUAGGGGCUUUGCCUGCCUCGCCAAGCCGCUGACAAACCUGCUGAAGAAUGAGGAGCAGCUGAUCUGGACACCGGAAUGCGAGGCGGCUUUUCAGGCACUCAAGGAGACUCUGACGUCGGCGCCCGUGCUAGCGCGUCCCGAUCUGACAAGACAGUUUGCGCUACAUACCGAUUGGCAGCCGCAGGCGAUAUCGGCGGUGCUGACUCAACAAGGAACGGAUGGAAGGGAGCACGCCAUCGAGUAUGCGUCGAAAACGCUAAGCCAGGCGCAAUCAAACUACGAGGCGUGCAAGGACGAAGACGCGUGGGAGUUGCACCGCGCGCUAUAUAAGUCGGUGGUGUUGGGGAUGUUCCGGUUCUUCAUGGAGCACGAAGACCACUGCAUCGGGGAGCACUUCGUCGUCUAUUACGUCAUCACGCAGCCCAAGCCGGCGCAGAAGGAGGGGACGGUGGCGUUGUACCUCUUUGCCCGCUUCCAGACGACCGAUCCGGGAUUGUUGGAGCUCAUACAUCUUGAACUCCUAUCCAUUGCGCAAGUGAUCGCGAGCGAGGAAGAGGAGAUCCAGCCACGAUUGCGGACGGCGGCUGCCCCACGGAGAACGUACAACGAGGUCGUCAUCCCAGAUUACAUUGCGCAGCGUGAGGAGAGGUUGGAGGAAUUCCCUAAGGAAAAGCCGUUGCGACCUCCCUCGUCGUAUCCCAGACCUGCGCCGCCAAAGGCCCCCAAGAAGACGCCGAAGAGGAAGAGGCGCCACCCAUCGCCAGGAGCGCAAGGCAGUCGAAUCAAUGGCGGCGAGGAGGUGGUUCAGCCCGUGCACGCGCGGAAUCCCGACUCUGUGCCUGUGAGGGCGGCGACGCUUGUUAAGGAGACGGUCGUGCCAUCGCCGCCCCUCCCGCGCGUACCCGAUCUCAAUCUCGAUGGAGCCGGGCCAUCAGCCGCAGCAGCCGGAGGAGGAAGCCAAAUGGGAUUACCGGAUCCUGUAUCCAGAACCCCCGUCCUCGCGGGACCUUUCCGCUUCCGCCAGCCACCCCGAAGUGCCCCGAUCAUUGACAUUAGCAGUUCCUCCGAGCCGGACGGUCCACCCGACAGAGGUGGAUUUCAUGGUGGAGCCCACCACCAUCAGGCUCGAGGCCAUUGCGGGGGCACUGCGCCCUGAUCCGGCAUGGGAGCCAUAUCUGACCCCCUCUUUUCAAGGGUGUAUCGCGGCG